AUGCUGCGUGCGUUGGUGUACAGGCGAGUGUCAGGUCGUGCCAGCGUAAGGCUGGUGAAUGGCCCUGACGCCUGCACGGGCCGGCUGGAGGUGUUUUACAAUGGCACCUGGGGGACAGUGUGCGAUGACCACUGGGACCUCAACGGAGCCCACGUGGUCUGCCGGCAGCUGGGCUGUGGGACAGCGCUGUCGGCUGUCGGUGGGGCUCGCUACGGGCGAGGAGCAGACCCCAUCAGGCUGGACAACGUACGCUGCACCGGGACAGAGGUGGCCCUUUCGGAGUGCCAGGCACGGCCCUGGGGAACCCACAACUGCGGGCACAGGGAAGAUGCCAGCAUCGUGUGCUCAGGUUCAACCCGUACCAGGCUGGUGAACGGCUCAAGUUUCUGCUCCGGCAGAGAAGUCCUCCAUAAUGGCACGUGGGGCACCGUGUGCGACGACAACCGGAGCCUGACGGACGCCAAAGUGGUGUGCAGGGAGGUGGGCUGUGGCCAAGCACUGUCAGCACCGUUUGGGGCUGCCUUCGGGCAGGGAUCGGGGCCCACCUGGCUGGACGAAGUGACCUGUGCUGGGACGGAGGCUGCCCUUGCUCUGUGCCAGGCCACUUCCUGGGGAAGCCAUAACUGCCACCACGGAGAGGAUGCUGGCGUUGAAUGCACAGGCUAUCAUAAACCAACUCAGGUCCGGCUGGUGAAUGGUUCCAGCCGCUGCUCAGGGCGAGUCGAGGUUCACCACCACCAGCAGUAGGGGACGGUGUGCGAUGACAGCUGGGACCUGAGCGAUGCCGAGGUGGUGUGCUGGCAGCUGGGCUGCGGGCUGGCCGUGGCAGCCCCUGGCAGGGCUCUGUUUGGGCAAGGGCACGAUCCCAUCUGGCUGGAUGAAGUGAACUGCGCAGGGACGGAAGGUGCCCUCACUGAAUGAACCUUCAAGCCCUGGGGAGCCCAUAACUGCAACCGUGGUGAAGAUGCGCGUGUCAUAUGCUCAGGUAAGCCUGACGCCAUGGAGCUACGGCUGGUGAACGGCCCGAAUAGCUGCGCUGGGCGCCUCGAGGUGCUUCACAACCAGCAGUGGGGGUCCGUGUGUGACAACGGCUGGGACAUGGAGGAUGCCAAAGUGGUGUGCCGGCAGCUGGGCUGCGGCACUCCGAUCUCUGCUCCGGGCUGGGCCAGGUUUGGCAGGGGCUAUGACCCCAUCUGGCUGGAGACAGUCAGCUGCCAAGGGACGGAGGCUGCCCUUACCGAGUGCAGAGCCAAGGUGUGGGGCACCCACAGCUGCCACCACGGGGAAGACGCCAGCGUGGUGUGCUCAGGUGACACCCCCCACCCGAUGGCCCUUCGGUUGGUGGACGGCCCACACCGCUGCGCAGGGAGGGUGGAGGUGCUUCAUCAGCAGCAGUGAGGGACAGUGUGUGAGGACGGCUGGGACCUGCGCGAUGCCGAGGUGGUGUGCUGGCAGCUGGGCUGCGGGGCGGCAGUCGCGGCUCCGGGCUCAGCUCACUUUGCCCAGGGGCGUGAUCCCAUCUGGUUGGAUGAAGUAAACUGCACGGGGACUGAGUCCGCCCUCUCCGAAUGCACGACCAAGCCAAAAGGAGUCCACAAGUGCCACCACAGAGAAGAUGCUGGUGUGGUGUGCUCAGGUAGCUGCUAACCUACUGAGGUGAGGCUGGUGAACGGCUCAAGUCGCUGCUCUGGGAGAGUUGAGGUGCUGCACAACCAGCGAUGGGGAAGCGUGUGUGAUGACGGCUGGGACAUGGACGAUGCAGCAGUGGUGUGCCAGCAGCUCGGCUGUGGGGUGGCCAUAGCGGCUCCACCCAGAGCUCAGAUUGGGAUGGGGUACGAGCCCAUCUGGCUGGAUGAUGUGAACUGCACCGGCCCCGAGGCUGCCCUCUCCGAGAGCAGGGCCAGACCAUGGGGAGAGAGUAACUGCAACCACCAAGAAGAUGCCAGCAUGGUGUGCCUGGGUAAGCCACCUCCAGCUCAGCUCCGGCUGGUGAAUGGCGCCAGCCACUGCUCCAGGAGGGUUGAGGUGCUUCAUAACCAGCAGUGGGGGAUGCUCUGCGACAACAGCUGGGACCUGAGCGAUGCUGAGGUGGUGUGCAGGCAGCUGGGCUGCGGGGCGGCUGUGUCAGCUGCAGGCUUGGCUCAGUUUGGGCCAGGGUCCAACCAUAUCUGGCUGGAUGAUGUUGAGUGCACGGGGGCAGAAGAUACCGUCUCCGAAUGCAGGGCCAGGACGGGGGAACCCAUUAAUUGCCACCAUGGGAAAGAUGCCGGUGUUGUGUGCUCAGGGUGUCCACCUUGUCCUGUUUCAGACCCCACAGCGUUGCAGCUGGUGAACGGCUCAAGCCUCUGUGCUGGCAGAGUGGAAGUGCUCCACAAGCAUCAGUGGGGAACCGUGUGCGACGACAACUGGGAUGAAGAGGAUGCUGCGGUUGUGUGCCGGCAGCUGGGCUGUGGGACAGUGGUCUCGGCCCCUGGCACAGCUUGGUUUGGGCAAGGGCGCAAUGCCAUCUGGCUGGACGACGUGAACUGCACAGGGAGGGAGGACGCCCUUUUGGAGUGCCUGGCCAGGCCAUGGGGGACACACAACUGGGACCAUGGGGAAGACGCUGGUGUGGUGUGCUCAGGUAAUGUGGCCACCCGGGCUCCCCUCCGCCUGUCAGAUGGCCCGCACCACUGCGCCGGCAGGGUUGAGGUCUUCUACGAGAACCAGUGGGGUACGGUCUGCGAUGACCACUGGGACCUGGAUGAUGCUGCCGUGGUGUGCCGGCAGCUGGGCUGUGGCACGGCGCUGUCAGCCACGAGGGCUGGACAUUUCGGGGCAGGGUCUGGUCCCAUCUGGCUGGACGAUGUCAGCUGCACAGGGUUGGAGGCUGCCCUGUCUUACUGCAGGACAAAGGGCUGGGGAAAGAACAACUGCCACCAUGGUGAAGAUGCUGGCGUGGUGUGUGGAGAGCUCCGCCUGGUGAACGGCCCGAACCGCUGCUCUGGCAGAGUAGAGGUGUUGCAUGACCACCAAUGGGGAACGGUGUGUGAUGACGACUGGAGCUUCGCCGACGCCAGAGUGGUGUGCCGGCAGCUGGGCUGCGGGAUGGCAGUCUCAGCCUACGGUAGAGCUCACUUUGGUCAGGGAUCGGGCCGCAUUUGGCUGGACAACGUUCAGUGCAGCGGGACCGAAGCUGCCCUGUCUGAUUGCCUGGCCAGACCUUGGGGUCUCAACAACUCAGCCGUCUCGGCACCGGGCUCGGCUCAUUUCGGUCGAGGGUCUGGUCGCAUCUGGCUGGAUAACGUGAACUGCACGGGGACAGAAGCCACCCUCUCUGAAUGCCAGGCCAGGCCAUGGGCAUCCAACAGCUGUGGCCACUGGGGAGACGCCAGCGUGGUGUGCUCAGACGUGAACACUUCGAGGCAGCAACCAGUGCGGCUGGUGAACGGCUCGAACAGCUGCCUGGGGAGAGUCGAGGUCUUUCAUGACCAGAAGUGGGGGACCGUGUGCGACGACACCUGGGACCUCCACGAUGCCGCCGUCGUGUGCAGGCAGCUGGGCUGCGGGAUUGCACUGUCAGCACCGGGCUCAGCUCAUUUUGGGCCAGGGUUAGAUCCCAUCUGGCAGGAUGGCGUUCACUGCACAGGCACCGAGUCCGCCCUCACCGAGUGUGAGCUGGGUACCUGGGGACAGCAUAACUGCGGCCACAGCGAGGAUGCUGCUGUGGUGUGCUCAGGCACAAACCCCUUGCGCGUGCGGGUGCAGGACGGCCUUGGUCCCUGCGUGGGGCGAGUGGAGGUGCUCUACAACGCUACCUGGUAUGGGGUGUGCAGCAGUGACUGGAGCUUGCUGGAAGCUGGGGUGGUCUGCAAGCAGCUGGGCUGUGGGCCAGCCCAGUCGGCACCCGACGGAGCCCAGUUCGGCUGGGAGGGCAGCGGUGCCUUGCUGGAGGGGCUGAGCUGCUUGGGGAGCGAGUCACUGCUCCUGGAGUGCCAGCAGAGAGACCUUGGACCGGGGCCGUGCAGGCAGGGCUCGGCAGCCGGCGUGGUGUGCACAGAGCAGAAAGACAUUAUACAGGCCUGCUCGGUGCUGGCAGGCCUGCUUGGCACGGGGGCAAUGCUUUGCGGGAUCCUGUUGGUCCUGUACCUGUCAACGAGGUGUGGAAGACGGGUUGGACGCUCCCCAGACAAGUCGCUUCCAAAGAAGACAGAGGACACCGGGAUGUCAUCCGAGGCUUAG